AUGAGCUUAAGAAUAUCAAACAACGACCUCUCUGGUGAGAUACCCUCAAUAUUUGUAAGAAUGGCUCAAUUACAUAUACUAGACCUUUCUUCAAAUAAUUUAAGCGGAGAGAUACCGAGGGAAAUGGGAAGCCUGUCGAUGUUGUUAGAACUCGACUUAAGCAGCAACGCGAUCAUGGGAGAUGUCCCGCCUGAGAUUGGACUUUUAUCCCAUCUGGCACAUCUAAACCUAGCAUCAAACAAUUUGAGUGGAUUGAUACCAGUGCAGCUAGGCUCAUGCAAAAGCUUGUUGAGCUUGAACUUGAGUAGAAACAAAUUUCGGAGAAGCAUUCCUCUUGAGAUAGGCAACAUACAAUUCCUCGAGGUUCUUGAUUUGAGUUAUAAUAUUUUGUCUAAAAAUAUACCGGGAGAGCUUGCAAUUCCGAGAAACUUGCAAGUUCUAAAUAUCUCUCAUAAUAGCCUGUCUGGUUUCAUCCCACGUACUUUUGGUGAUAUGUUGGCCUUGACUUCUAUUGAUGUAUCCUACAAUGCCCUGGAAGGUCCUCUCCCUAAUGUCAAGGCCUUCAAUGAGGCUCCAUUUGAGGCGAUUCAGCAUAACAAAGGGCUUUGUGGAAAUGUCAUUGGUUUAUCGAAAUGCAAUUCUACUAGGAACAAGAAACGUAAAUGGCACGUUAGAGAUAGAAUCACAGUUAUCCACGUUCUCUUGUUCUUAGGGUUUCUCCUUCUCUCUUGCACCUUGAUUGUUCUAGUAAUCGUCAAUCAUCGUCAAAGAAGGAUUAUGAAGAGAGAGAACAAUGAGCGGGCAAAUGAUUUGGAUUUCAUAAAUAUUUUGAGUUAUGAUGGCAAAGUUUUCUAUGAUCGAAUCAUUAAGGCCACGGAAGGAUUCGACUCUAAGUACUAUGUGUGUGAAGGAGCAUAUGGAAUUGUUUAUAAAGCCGAGAUAUCAAAAGUUCAAACAUUUGCUAUCAAGCAAACCUCGUCAUCACAAGAAGAUAGUGAGAUCGUUGAUUUGAUACCAUUCGAAAGGGAAAUUCAAGCCUAA